CGUAAUUUUGGCCAAAAAUUUAAACAAUCUCAAACUUUACAAGAUUUUAGGGUGUGGACUUGAACUUAAAAGAACCUCUGUAAUUGAAUUUGUGAAAUGAGUUGAGGGCCGUAUGGUAUCAGCUGUGGGCUGCGCAGUUCACGGGAGAAUCCUACUUUUCACAAAGAGGACAUCGACAAAAACAGUGAUUUAUUUAGGAAAAACAAGGAAACAUGUUGCGAUCUUACAUCCUGAUGGUAUUACUCUGCUGUCUUCCUAUAGCAGUUGGCCUGCGCUGUUACACGUGUCUGUUCCCGGCCAUCUCUCCUCUGGACUGUUUUAAGUUUCCUCAGGAGUGUCCGGCCGGUCAGCGCUGUCUCUUCAGUGAAGCCACUGGACGACGAGGAGCUCUUACAGUGACCAUGUAUGAGAAGAGCUGUGCAGUGCCCUCUCAGUGUGGAGUGAGUGGACAAAAAUAUUCCAGCGGCUUGUACUUCAACUACACCAACCUAUGCUGUGACACCGACCUGUGCAACAGCGCCCCGUCUGGUUGGAGAGUGACGGUAUUCCUGAGUCUAAUGCCUGUCCUGGGACUCCUGCUCUACUGACAACAUGAAAAACAACUGGCAAA